AUGGACGCCUCGCGCUUGAUUUCGCGAGUCUUGCCCGGCGCAGAAGGCGAUGUACACAGCUCGAUGUACGACAGACUGCGCAUGGCACCCGACCCUGGCUACAGAGACCUCGAAUCACAACGACAUCCUCCUCCCGACACCUUCCACGAUGAGGAUGAUGACCCGGACGCUUUCCUGUACGAUGCCAAUCAGACGCCGACCCAUCCUGGCCAGAGUCCUGAGAUGAUGGCCUCGCCGGUUGCCAGGCACUCGCGACCACGAAAGCAAGCAAGAGAUCAGAUUGGAUUGGAUGACGACGAGGACGUCCCAGCAUCGCUAUUGCUUGAUCCUGGAAAGAGAGGAAUCAGUCGUGCUGCUGCGGGAAAGCAGCCAGACGCCAAGUUGGCGAAAGCAGAAGCACAAUGGCAGGCUAUGCAAGAGCAGCAGAGAUUACACAUGUCGCAAGCACCGAGGUCGACGAGACCGGGCUCAAGGCCUUCGCGAGUGACAGCACCUCAUACUCAGCCUGCCAGAGCGGAUCCAAGGAAUGAAGCCAUGUGGAUGUAUACCAAUGCCGGCAACCUGGACUCCUUUCUGCUGGAGGUAUAUCAGUACUACACUGGACACGGUGUAUGGUCGAUACUCUUGUCUCGCAUUCUCGGCUUGUUGAGCGAGCUUUUCAUGUUCAGCUUCGCCAUGUUUCUCACUACCUGCAUCGAUUACCCCAAGAUUCCAACAAGCAGAUCAACUGCGGAAAUCAUGAUACCAAAGUGCAUGUCCAAAGCAUCCUGGGUGAAGAAUGCGGCGCUGUUCUUCUUCAUCAUAUACUGGCUAACUCGAGCCCUCGGAUGCGUGCAAGACACACGACGCCUCUUCCGCAUGCACGACUUCUUCCAUCACGUUCUUGGCAUCAGCGACGAUGACAUCCAGACAGUGUCCUGGGUUCGAGUUGUGGAAGGCCUGGUUGGAAUCCAGAACGCUAACAUCGCCACUGCUGCCCCCUCCAGCCAGGCAAAGAAAUACUUGAACAACCAGACUGACUACAGACAGCCACAGCAGAAGCUGACGGCAGAGACGAUUGCGAAUCGACUCAUGCGCCAGGCGAACUACUUGGUCGCUCUGUACAACAAGGACAUCCUGGAUUUCACCCUUCCCAUCCCAUUCCUGGGCACCCGGCAAUUCUAUUCGAAGAGUCUGGAAUGGGCUCUCGACGUCACCCUCACGAACUUCAUCUUCACUGAGCAGGGCAGCAUUCGACCUUUCUGCUUGGAGGUCAAGCACCGAAGUGAAUUGAUCGAUGCACUUAGAGUCCGGCUCCGGUUCGCAGCGGUCAUCAGUGUUGUGGUAGCGCCUUUCAACAUCUUGAGGUUCUGCAUCAUCUUCUUCUUCAGGUACUACACGGAGUUCACCAAGAACCCUUCAAAGGCUAGUGCGAGGACUUUUACACCCUUCGCGGAGUGGAAAAUUCGCGAGUUCAACGAACUGGAUCACCUCUUCACAAAAAGACUGCGACAGGCAUAUCCGUUCGCGAACGACUAUCUGAAGCAGUUUCCGAAGGAUAAGAUGGAUCAGUUCUGCCGCUUCAUAGCGUUUGUGAGCGGUGCAGUUGCUGCCGUGUUGGCGCUCGCGACUCUCUUCGACCCCGAACUGUUCCUUGGCUUCGAAGUGACGCCUGGGCGGACUGCUGUCUUCUGGUUGACGCUUACUGGUAUCAUUUUUGGUAUUGCGAAUGGAGCUCUCCCUGAUGAAAGUGAGGUGUAUGACCCUGUCAUGCACCUGAGAGAGGUCCUACUGUACACCCACUAUAUGCCCGCGCACUGGAAGAAUCGCCUGCACAGCAACGAAGUACGAUCCGAGUUCUCAGCAAUGUAUCAGAUGAAAGUGUUGAUCUUCAUCGACGAGAUAUUGAGUCUCAUAGUGGCUCCAAUCAUCCUCUGGCGCAACGCCGAGACUCGAUGUGAGCGUAUCGUCGACUUCUUCCGAGAACAGACUGUCCACGUCGAAGGCAUCGGUAAUGAAUGUAACUUCGCCGUCUUUGGCUUCAAGAAGGACCUCAACGCGACUGAUUACCAGGACGCUCUGGAAGAUACAGACGGCCUACGAGAGGACUACUUCGCCGCGAAAGAUGACAAGAUGAGUCAAUCAGUCAUGAACUUCAGGCAAUAUUACAGCCACUACGGCCAUCGGCCGGGACACCGCCCACAUCGAUGGCAGCCUCCACCUGCCUGGCCACCGGUCAUCACGCAGUCCAUUGCUGAAGAGCCGGGACCCAUGCCACCGCCUACUCGUGGCAGUAAUGCCAGGAAGUCGACAGCUUCUAUGCUACGAUCACCUCGUCAGGCCGCGCAUGGUGCUUCUCAACGAGGCGCAAAUGGCGCAAAGUCCGGACGUGCUGCCCAGUCCCACGGGAUAUCUGAAAGUAGAGUCAUGGCUCAGGACAGCGAUCUUCACGACUUCGCGGACGCGCCUGGGGCAGAACAGCUUGAGAGCGAUACUGAUGAUAAUGAUGAAGGAGCUGGCGGUGAGAGGGUUAAUGCUGGAGUAUUGGGUAUGCUGGCGCAGUUCUCGAAGGCGCAUAAUGAGAAGGGUACUGGUGCUGUGAAUAUUUGA